AAAUGACUGAAGCAGAGGGGGUCUGAGAGAGAGGGACAGGAACGACGUUUGGAUGGUUCAAGCAAUGCAACAAGCAGCAUCAUGUCUUCAGUGAAAGGAGCACCUGCAUUGCCUUUACUUUGUGGACUGUUAGCCUGCAGCCCUGCUCUGUGGGGGCACAGUGUGGGGGUCUCUGCUCUGAUCUGACCACCUUCUGGGACUGAAAGUGGAUGGAAAUCUCCCAGGUGUAAAAAAGAAAAUGCGGUUGUGGUGGAUUUUACUUUUUGGGUUUUGGAGUGUCUGUGGGGAACUACCCUUUAUAGCAGAAAACAACGCAGCUAUGCUGGUCAACUGGAACGCUGUGAAUGGGAAUAAAAAGCUGUACGCCAUUUACGAUACAAGCAUCAAUGGACCUGGGAACAUGUCUUUUGUCAAAGAGACUGUGGACAAACUGUUAAAGGGAUAUGAUAUUCGUCUCCGGCCAGACUUUGGAGGUAAACCGGUUGCUGUUGGCAUGAGUAUUGAUGUGGCUAGUAUAGACAUGGUCUCAGAAGUUAACAUGGACUACACACUGACCAUGUACUUCCAGCAGUACUGGAGGGAUAAGAGGCUGGCCUAUGUGGGGAUUCCCCUCAACCUGACACUGGACAACAGAGUAGCAGACCAGCUCUGGGUCCCAGACACCUACUUCCUCAACGAUAAGAAAUCCUUUGUGCAUGGGGUUACUGUUAAGAACCGAAUGAUUCGGCUCCACCCGGACGGCACCGUCCUCUAUGGACUCAGAAUCACGACGACAGCUGCCUGCAUGAUGGACCUGAGGAGAUACCCACUGGACGAACAGAACUGCACUCUGGAAAUUGAAAGUUAUGGUUACACCACAGAUGAUAUAGAGUUCUACUGGAAAGGAGGAGACACAGCUGUGACCGGGGUGACACGGAUCGAGCUCCCUCAGUUCUCCAUAGUCGACUAUAAGCUUGUCUCCAGGAACGUGGUCUUCUCCACAGGUGCCUACCCUCGGUUGUCACUGAGCUUCAAGUUGAAGCGAAACAUCGGAUACUUCAUCCUGCAGACGUACAUGCCAUCCAUCCUCAUCACCAUCCUGUCCUGGGUGUCCUUCUGGAUCAAUUAUGACGCCUCAGCUGCCAGAGUUGCUUUAGGGAUCACCACUGUGCUGACCAUGACAACCAUCAACACCCAUCUCAGAGAAACCCUCCCCAAGAUCCCUUAUGUGAAAGCUAUCGACAUGUACCUGAUGGGCUGCUUUGUGUUCGUUUUCCUGGCUUUGUUGGAGUACGCCUUUGUCAAUUACAUCUUCUUUGGACGAGGCCCUCAGAUGCAGAAGAAACAAGCUAUGAAGGCACUGAAGGCAAAUAAUGAGCGCAAUAAAUUCGACCAACCCAAGUCUAUUCUGGGAGGAGUCAACUGGAAGUCCUUGUCGUCUCUUAAACAGUCCAACCAGGUACAGAGUCGCCGUCACUCACAUCAGGCUGACUCUCAUGGGAACAUUUUGCUGACAACCUUGGAGAUCCACAACGAGGUGGGGACUAAUGAGAUAACGACCACCCUGAGCGAGACUCACAACUCCACCUCCAUGACGUUUGAGAACUCGGGGGUCCAGCACAGGAAGCCGAGUGCGGCAAGCGAAUCGGGACACCUCAGUCUGGAUAGAAAUGCACAGUUUAAGAAAACCCGUCUGCGGAGACAAUCAUCGCAGCUGAAAAUUAAAAUCCCUGACCUCACCGAUGUAAAUGCCAUCGACAGAUGGUCGCGGAUCAUAUUCCCUUCCGCCUUCUCCUUCUUCAACCUGAUCUACUGGCUUUAUUAUGUCCAUUAACACACUGUGCUUUUUAAACCCAUCUUUGUCUCAUUUUGGUUCCGGAAUGAGAGAUAACGUUUUAAUGCGACACACUUAACGUGGUAUAAUUGUGAACAUAUUUGGUCAUAGCAAGUGCAGACUGUGGCAAGGGAGCCGUCACUCAGACUGUGCAAUGUCACACCGGCUUACCAACAAAGACUUGCACGUAAGACAGCCACUUUCUGCUCCGACCUCUGUUAACAGCUAGGAGGCAAAACAUCAUUUAAACCACUGGAGAUCUGUUCCUAAAACACCAGUAUUUAUGGUGAUCGCAUUAUCACAUUCUGUUGUAGCUUGAUUUGUCUACAAGUCUUUACUUUGACUAAUAUAGACAUUCAGAUUUAUACCUGCAGACUAAUAUCUGUCUUAAUCUUUGGACAUCUUGGGGAAAUAUGGUGGUUUUUAUGACAGUUUAAUAGAAAUUGCUGAUGAAUCUUACAGUGCCUUGCAAAAGAAUAUACCCUUUGAACCUUUUUACAUUUUGUCACAUUACAACCAUAGAUUUGAAUUUAUUUAUUAUGUAUUUUAUGUGACCAACAGGAACUAGAGCAAAAUUGUGAAAUUUAAAUGUGUAAAAUAUGUUACUAAAAUAAUCUGAAAAUUGUAAUUUGUAUCUGUCUGUCACAAAGUCCCAAUAGAACACACAAAUUUAAGAUGGAGUUUGUAAUGUGAUAAUAUGUGAGAAGUUCAGGGGUCUGAAUACUUCUGCAAGGAAAGGAGAGCCAGCUGUUGUUUAACUUGGCGUAACAGUGGAUACUGGAAACAGGAAAACAGGCAACAGUGUUUCCAAAGAUCUGAAGGUCUGGCUUUGCUUCGAUGCCACUAAGCUGUUCUCUUUCGUUUUUGCUCACUGGAACCUCUGCAAACUUUCUCAAAUGCAAUGUACCAUGGUGAAAACAUAUUCAUUGUUACAUGUUUCUUUACUUUAAAAUGUGUAUUGUCAUUAUUGCACAAAAGGAUAAUGAUAGAAUCCACACCAGCACAUUAUUAAACGCUUUUUUUGUCAUUCUCAGCCCUCAGACAAAGAAAGAUUCAAAACAUUUGGCCAUAAACUGUUUUACACAGAAAAUAAUUUAUCCCUUUUGAUUAUCUGUGUAUAUGUUACAACCCUGAGGUCAGCAGCUGUGUAAUUUGGUCUGUCUUAACUCAAACAAUUGAUGUCAUAAUGUCUUUGAUGCUCACUUAUAGUAUUUAACAUUUUUGUUCAACCUCUUAUUGUUUCCUACUUCACACAAAGUGUAACCUACGCGUUUACAUUAUAUAAGUUAGAGCAUGUGCAACAUCCAGCUGAAAAGGUAAGGUAUUCGGGAUCUAAAUAAUUGCCAAGCCCACAACAAUAAAAACAAAAAAAGAUUAUAGGCAACUCGUUUAUAAAGCCUCUUGGUUUUAUAUUUUUCCUACAGUAAUAGUAUUUUAACUGAGAUUUAUUCUGACAAAGCAGUCAAAGUAAAGUAGGUGGUUAAAUGUUUGCCCUCCAAGGAUUAGCCAGGAAUGCGGGGAGAAAAAGGAAGUGAACCAGAAAACAAGUUCUUACAACUGAUACACAACUAAUAAUCAGAUUCAUUAAAAAAAUGAUUGAGGAAGCUGAUUUAGGUUUGAAUCCCCACCCCUCCACAGGUGUCUCCCCUGUCAAACUGAAAAAAACGUUGUGUGCGUCCUUUAGGAAAAUCUUUGUAAAACCUUAAUUAUCUUUUCUACUGCAAACAAGUUUGGACCACCACUUGGCAAAGCAUCAGGUUGUGAUCAGACCAUAAAAGGGUUUGGCUGGAUGCUGUCACUGUUUUGUCUUCUUAUGUCUGGGCAAGGCUUCCUGUUUUAAUGCGAAGCUAUAUUAACAGACUGCUGGGUGUAAACAUUAUUAUAACUGGUAUCUUUUUAUUUCACAAAGAACACAAUAAUUUAUAUUAAAACUUAACUUUAUUUUUGAAAUAUUAAAUUGAGUUACAGCAACAUUUUCUUUUUAUUUCAGUUAUCAACCAGAUGUUACGUGCAUAUAAAAAAAAAAGGUCUUCGGGCCUUGAUAGUGAACUUGUUAUCUGAUCAGUUUAAAUGAUUUCCCAGUUUUGUCAUUAAGCUUCUGUAACAAUCUUGUCUUGAUAUCUUUGGUGAAACUGUAUUCUCUACAGCAAACGUCACUCUGGACUUUCUUUCUCUGCAUCUCAUUACAUGAUGUUAAAGCACUGACAGAGGUGAUCGUUCAUCGUCAAACUGCUGUUCUUGAGGUUUGGAUGUACAUACUGUAACAGCACAUUUUCUCUCAGCUUUUUUUUCUUGGUGAUUUCCAGCCUUGCCUUGUUUUGUUUUGUUAGUCUUUACACGAUAUUACAGUUUCCUGUUUGUGAUUGAAAAUAUAAAAUCUAACACACAG